GUACGCGUUGCUCCUUCGGUUCGUUCGGACAGCACGGAUAAAACGCUGUCGCCAAACAAAAACAUAAAAAACACUGAGCGGAUCAGGUUCUAUCUUUAAUUAAGAAAAACAACAUCCCAAAAACAACAAGCAAGAAGGACUAAAAUCUGUGGAAAAGAAGUAAGCAAAGCUGUUCCCCAGUGUGAUUUCCUCAUGUGCAUUUAAUGUAAUUCAACUCGACAACAAAAUAAUAAGUGUUGUUGGCCUCUCGCUCUCUGGUCGUACCGCGUAUCUGUGUGUGCGUGAUUUAGUGUUUCGUCGCGUUUCAAGCAAUUAACCCAAAGCAACGUAGAAAUGCCAAAAACGCAUUAAAAAUUAUUACUCGUAGCUGUCUGUCAUUCACAACAGAAAAAAAAAAUGAAAAGAGAAGAGUAACAACAGCAACGAGAAGAAGGAGGAGAGCGACAAUCAUACACAAGUGCUAUUUGCCGCUACUCAUAAAACAAAUUACCCACUUGGGCCUGACUUGUGCGUGCGUUUGUAUGUGUAUCUCUGUGUGUUAAAAGAGCAGCGUAAUCAUCAUCGCCAAAAAAAAAGGAAAAGAAAACUACUAAAAAGUAGUAGUAAAAAAAGAAAGGAAAAGGAGACGAACCAAAAUGAGAGUGUGGCACUGGCAAUAUGUUGCUGCCAAUAACAACAACAGCAACAGAAGCUUCAUCAGUUGAAUAGUACCGGAAUAAAAUUACUAUACAGCCACUGCAUGUGCUUGUGUGUGUGUGUGUGUGUAUUGCGCUCUCCCUCUCUGUCUCUUUCUUUCUCGCUCGCACUGCCAGCCGCUGUGUAUGUGCAAAGCUUUUUUAUGUUUCGCACAAACAUUGCGGUAAAAGAACGCCGACAAACGACGAACCCGUCGUCGCUUUGUCGCUCUCGCCAAUUUCCGCGCGUGUGCAAGGUGAAGUCGCGUCGCGUCAGUCCGUCGGUCGUAUAGUCUCUCUUCGUGUCCACUUCUCCCCUCGCUUGCCGUAUCUCUGUCGUGCAACAACUCCCCCGUGUAUUUUUUUUCUAUGCCCCAAGCUCUGUUCACCGCCUCUCUUGCUAUGCAUGUACACGUGUAUGUGUGCGGUGGAGCAGCUUCUGUUCUGCCAAAUACAUAUGUACAGGCGGAGAGAAGGCAAAGGCAACAGAGCUUGGACACGCGCUCCCUCUCUCGUCGUCUCCCUCCCUCGCCUUACUCAAAGUGCCGUUUUUUCGUGUAUUUGUAGAGAAAUAAAGAAAAAAACAACAACUAACCUCAUAAAAAAGUUCAUACAUUUGUCGCAAAAAAAAGAAAAAUAGAAAAGAGAAGCAAAUGCAAAAAGUGUCAAAGAAGUGAAAAACAAGCAGAAAAAAGAAGCAGCAGCAAUAGAAUCCAGCAGAAGCAGUGAAAAGCAGAAAGAAAAGCCAAGUUUGACUCUCUCUCUCUUUCUCGCUCUUACAUAAAUGGAAAAUAAUUCCUGAGAUUGCGCUGCUAGGAAAAUUUUGCGGAUUUGCAUUUCACCUUCCGUUAGCUCCGGGAGCUGGGAGUUUGGGAGUUUCUUUUGUGGAUUAUUACGCCCUCUCGCGUGCUCUCUCACUCUCUCCCCAAACCCCCCUCACGAUAGUCGCUCACUGUGGGUGCGAGCAAGCCAGGAAGCAAAGGAAUCAUCACCUGCCCAUCGCCACCCACUGCUCAUUGCCACCCGACCCCCGAGCCUUCUCUUCAUCUUUUGGAUGCUGUCUAUAAAUCGGGAACGCGCAUAUUCAGAGCAGAAAUUGCGACUAUUUUGGAUUUAUAAAAAGGUAUGCACUUUUGUCUUCAAUCUGAUGACCUAGGAUAUUCGCAAAACAGCUCACCCACUUGCUGUGUCUUUCACACCUUUAGAAAAUGUAGCUGUUGAAAAUUGUUUUUGAAAAUGAACCAUUUGGCCCGAGGGCCGAGGCCCUGUGUCUCCCUGCGUCGUUGCCUGGAUAAGAAGUCAACAGUUCGUCACAUAAGGCAGCGCCCGAGCUCAUCGCCAACCAUCAGCAGUGUCAUCCGCAUCCGCGCCAGCUAUCACAGCACCAGCCCAAGCCAUCCGAUCAGCUCAUCCGCCGGCUGCACGUUCCUAGGCACUACUGGUAGUACUUUGGGCCGCCCGCGCAGUGCGGCCGCCCGAUCGUUUGCGUCUGCAUGGAGUCAAUGAGACGUAACGAGGCGAACACUAGCCACCACCCGAAUAAGGACGCCGCGGAGAAGGCUCGCGCAAAAUAAUCGAGAGUAAUACGACGUUGCUUAUUUAUUUAUUGUUUUUGUUUUUUGUUUUUCUUGUAAAUUGAAGCGUUAAAAAUACGCGCACGCACAAAACUAUCAACUAAUUAUGGUUAUGGAAUGGAAAAGAAGUUGGCAAAGGUGGCCCUGAAUAGCAGCAACGUAGCAACGGAAAGCAAUAUUAAGAAUAAUAAAUUGUUAGCUAAUUUAAGUGCGGCAGGAGCAGCUACAGCUACAACGGCAACAACAGGAACAGCAACAACAACGACGGCGACAACAGCGAAUCAAGCGCUGAAUUUCAAUAACAAAACGAAAGCAACAGCAAACGCGACUGCAGCAUCGGCGAAUAAUCGGCACAAUAACAACAACAAUUCCAGUGCGAUCAAGAAGCACACAAAUACGAAACAACUAGCUGGCAAGAGCCCCGCGUGCAACUCCUCCUCCUCGUCGCUCUCCUCGUCGAGCAGCUCCAACUCGAGCGAGUCGAAGGACACGAACUUUGAGUACGAGGACGAGUGGAAUAUUGGCGGCAUACCAGAGCUGCUGGACGACUUGGACGCGGAUAUUGAGAAGUCCGCGCAUUCUUCGGGUGGUGGCAACCAGGCUACCGCGCUAAAUGCCAAGCAGGCAAACAGCUCCUCCACAUCCUCCUCAUCAUCCUCCAAGGGCGGCGCUUCAUCCUCGUCAUCCUCAGCAGCAGCGACGGGAUCAUCAUCGUCGCAUAAAUCGCACAAAACCACAUUGCACAGCAAUUUGUCGGCCACAUCGCCAACCACAAUUAAGUUCACACGCCAACCGGUGGCCAUUGGCGGAGCUAACUCCUCCUCAUCUUCAUCAGCAGCUGCAGCGCCCAGUGGUGGCAGCGCGAACGUGGUGGCCAAGGGAUCAUCUUCUUCCUCGUCCUCCACAUCUUCCUCAUCUUCGGGGAAGCAUCAUCACCAUCACCACCAUCACUCAAACUCAAGCAGCAGUGGAAGCAGUUCCAAGGGCUACAAGUCCGCUUUGGUGGCUCAACUGAACAGUCCGAGUCCACUGAACAGUAACUCCAAGUCCCUGAGUGGAUCGGGGAGUGGAAGCGGGAACACAAACGGAGCAGCGGGAGCUGGAGCCGGCAGCACAUUGUCAUCCUCGACAUUUGCCGGUUUCUCCAAAGGCGGCAGCUUAGUGUCUUCGUCGGCAGGAGCAGCAGCGGCUUUAGCGGCUGGCAGUGGACAACAGGGCUCCAAAUUCUCCGCUGGCGGCAUGUCCUCGCAAACGGGCAGCGGCAGCGGCGGCAACAACACUAGCAAUAGCAACAACAGCAGCAGCGGAAGCGGAGGCAGCGGCUCAGGUAGCAGCACAGGGAACACCGCCAGCGGUAGCGGGAACAACAACAGCACAAGUGCCGGUGGGCCGCCGAGUUCGCAAGGCGGCAACAACGGAAACGGUAGCGGUAGCAGCUCCAGCUCCUCCAGUGGUAAAUCGAGCGCAAAGAUGUCCAUAGACCACCAAGCGACGCUCGACAAAGGACUCAAAAUGAAGAUCAAGCGCACCAAGCCGGGCACCAAAAGCUCGGAGGCCAAACACGAGAUUGUGAAGGCCACCGAUCAGCAACAGAACGGAGCCCUGGGCGCCGGAUCCAAUAACUCGGCCAACGAGGAUGGGAGUUCCGGUUCCAGUUCCACCAACGCGUCUUCCCUGGGGAGCACCAAUUCAUCGAGCAGCGCAAGCAGCGGCAGCUCCUCCAGCAGCGGCAGUUCUUCGAGCAGCAGCAAGAAGCACCUAAACAAUGCCAGUAGCGGUAGUGGCUCCUCCUCUUCCGGAGGAGGGAGCCAAAACAAUGCCAGUGGCCAUGCCAGCGGAGGGGGAUCCUCCGGUAGCAGUCAGUCUACGCCGCAGGGCACUAAGCGCGGUAGUUCGGGUCAUCGGCGUGAGAAGACCAAGGACAAGAACGCACAUUCCAAUCGCAUGUCCGUGGACAAGUCAGCAGCUGCUGCCUCGGCGGCCGGCGAGAAGGAUACACCUGAGAAGUGUUCCGGUACGGGAGCUGGUGGAUCUCCCUGCUCCUGCAACGGAGAUGUGGGAGCUCCUUGCUCACAUCAUGCCUGCAUUCGCCGUGCCGCACACAUGUCCAACUCCGCAGGCAAUGCGAAUUCGAGUGCCGGCACUGGGCAAUCCGGUGGUUCAUCCUCCAUGUCAGCAGUGCCACCGGGUGUGUUCACACCUUCAGCGGGCUCUCCUUCCACCGGUUCACCAUCGACCGUGGUGCCUGCCGCUGCCUCACUUCUGGCAGCGACCGGAGCAGCCUCCUCCUCCGCCUCUCAAAUGGCCAGCAGUAGUGCCGGCGGCGUUGGCGGUUCGGGAGGAGGUGCCAAUGCACCAGGACCGCCGGGUAAGGAGUCUGCCGGCAGCAUCAAAAUCUCCUCGCACAUUGCCGCCCAACUGGCAGCAGCGGCCGCUUCCAAUAGUUACAGCGGGAGUGGAGCCAACACGAAUCAAGGCCAGAACAGCAAUGCUGGCGGCAACGGCGGUUCGGAGAGCAAAGCAGCAGCGGCUGCUCAGGCCAAGUUAAUGGCACCCGGCAUGAUCUCAGCCACCAUGCACCAUACGAUCUCGGUGCCGGCGGGCACAGGAACAGGCGACGACGAUACCAAAUCUCCGCCUGCCAAAAGGGUCAAGCAUGAGGCUGGCGCUAGUGGAGCAGGAGGCGGCAAGGAGAUGGUGGACAUCUGCAUUGGCACCUCGGUGGGCACCAUCACCGAACCGGACUGCCUGGGUCCCUGCGAACCUGGCACUUCCGUAACCCUCGAAGGGAUUGUGUGGCACGAGACCGAAGGCGGCGUUCUCGUGGUCAAUGUCACGUGGCGGGGCAAGACCUACGUGGGCACUCUGCUAGACUGCACCCGACACGAUUGGGCUCCUCCAAGAUUCUGUGAUUCACCAACUGAAGAAUUAGAUUCUCGAACUCCAAAGGGACGCGGAAAGCGCGGACGCAGUGCAGGUCUCACUCCUGACCUGAGCAACUUCACCGAGACCAGAAGUUCGAUUUACUUCUCACACGCCCAGGUGCACUCCAAGCUGCGUAAUGGUGCCACAAAGGGACGCGGUGCGACACGCAGUGCAUCCGGUAAUGCGGCAGCGAACAGCAACAGCAGUUCAUCGGGCAACGGAGGCGGGGCCACGCCCAGCACAUCGCCGACGGCAUUUUUGCCGCCACGGCCAGAGAAGCGCAAGUCGAAGGAUGAGGCGCCUUCACCGCUUAACGGCGACGCCUCGGAUGGAGCGUCUGUUGGCGGUAUUGGUGGAGCCGGUGGAGUGAACAUGGUGAACGCCAGUGGCAUCCCCAUAUCGGCCAGCGGCGGUGGCCUGGCCACGCAGCCGCAGAGCCUGCUCAAUCCGGUCACUGGUCUCAAUGUGCAGAUCAGCACCAAGAAAUGUAAGACUGCUUCGCCCUGCGCGAUCUCCCCAGUUCUGCUUGAGUGUCCCGAGCAGGACUGCAGCAAGAAGUACAAGCACGCAAAUGGGCUGCGUUAUCACCAGUCGCAUGCCCAUGGAGCGGGCGGUGGCGCAAGCUCCAUGGAUGAGGACUCCAUGCAGGCGCCCGAGGAUCCGGCCACGCCGCCCUCGCCAGGAGUCGCAAGUGGAACGGGAUCAGGAGCAUCUGUAGCAUCAUCGGCAGUACCAGCGACAGCACCAUCAGCGGGUCAAGGAACUGUCGCAGUGUCCCCAAACACACCCCUCGCAAAUUCAAGCAACCCCGUCACCAAUGGCAAUGUUGCACCAUCGGCACCAGCUACUGGAUCGGUAACUAUCGCCGCUCCCAACACUACUCCCUCUGUGGUAGAGACGCAAGCGCCGCUUACUGGUCCUCCACCAGUCACGCCACCAGCUCCAACUCCCAUCUGCGCAGUUGCAACACCCGGAGCGGAGCAAUCUGUAUCAUCAGUAUUGCCCCUGGGAAAUCUUCCACUGACGGCAGGUCCAAAUAGCGCGACACAACAGCAACAGCCUCCUACACAGCAGCAACAACCACAGUUGCUCGUCCCAGGAGGCAGUGCGGCAAGCCUUCAGCAGCAGCAGCAGCAGCAGCAACCAGUGGCCGGAGGCAGCAUCACUGCUGGAAUCUCCGGACAGGCUCUGUCACAGCAUCAACAGCAACUAAUGGGUGGAUUGCCUGCCAUGUUGUCAGACCAGCAGCAGCAGGCAUUGUUGCAGCAGGGAGCACUUAAAGCGGGUGUACUGCGUUUUGGCCCGCCAGAUGGAAAUCCCCUGCAGCAGCAGCCUGGUCAAGCAUCGGUUAAUCCACAGACACAACAGUCUCCUCCAAGGCCUCCCAGUCAUGUCCAGGAUCAACAGACGCCAUCGGCCUACGCCCAGCAGGCAGGUUUAAAGACAUCGCCUGGAUUUGGCUCCGUUGGCGUGGGUGCCGCUAGCAGCAAACAAAAGAAGAACCGCAAGUCACCUGGACCCAGUGACUUUGAGGGCCGCGUAUCGCGCGAGGAUGUACAGAGUCCGGCAUACAGUGAUAUCUCCGAUGACUCCACGCCAGUUGCCGAACAGGAAAUGCUGGACAAGUCAGUCGGCCAGGCGGUGACGGCAAAGCACAUCGAAUUGAUGGGCAAGAAGCCGACGGAAGUGGGCGUUGGUGUUCCGCCACCACCAGCUCCCAAUAUGUAUGUGCCGGGAAUGUAUCAGUUCUAUCCGGCGCAGCAGCAGUCAGCACCUCCACCACAGCAACAGCAACAACAGCCGCAAUACAUGGUGCAGACAGAGCCAGGCAAACCACCAGGAUUGCCACCUGCUUUGACACAAGCUCAGCAGCAGCAACAAUUGCAGCCGGGUGCUCCUCCGCCUACCUCACAGCCCCCGAGUCAUUUGCUAGGUCCACCCGGUCAGCAGUCGGUGGCUGCCCACCUGGCAGACUACAGUGGCAAGAACAAGGAUCCACCAUUGGAUCUGAUGACCAAACCGCAGCCACAGCCGGGUCAGCCGCCUUCACAGCAGCAGCAGUCGGGCCAACUGUCGGGGCAGGAAAACAAUGGCAAGGAUGUUGGACCGCCCACCUCUCAGCCAGGAUCUCAGCCGCCGCCGGUUAACCUAAGUGCAGUGGCUGGGCCGCCGCCAGGAAGCCUGCCACCCGGUUUGGGUGGUCUCUCGGCUUUGGGAGCAGCCGGUCUAGGUGGUCCUGGACCGGGCAAGGGCAUGCCCCACUUCUAUCCCUUCAAUUUUAUUCCGCCUGCGUAUCCAUACAAUGUGGACCCCAACUUUGGGUCAGUUUCUAUUGUUGCUUCAGAGGAGGCCGCCAAGCUGAGUGGGCAUCCGGGUCUGCCACCCAGCUCACAAGCGCAGCAGUUAUCCGGCAUAAGUAUCAAGGAGGAGCGUCUGAAGGAAAGCCCCAGUCCGCACGACCAGCCGAAGCACAUGCCAUCUCAGCAACAGAUGAUAGCCAGCAAGCUAAUCAAGCAGGAGCCGAUGACCAAGCAGGAGAUCAAGCAGGAGCCCAACUCAAAUCCGGGCCAGCAGCAUCCGCCUCCGCAACAGCAGCCAGCGCCUCAGCCGCAGCAACAACAGCCGCCACCCCCGCAGCCACAACAGCCGCAUGCCCUGCAUCCCAAGGAUUUACAGGCACUGGGCGCCUAUCCCGCCAUCUACCAGCGCCAUUCCAUAAACCUGGCCGUGCAGCAGGCUCGCGAGGAGGAGCUGAGACGGUAUUACAUGUUCACUGGACGACAGAAUUCGGCAGCCGCAGCAGCAGCCGCAGCAGCUCAAAACGCUGCCAGUGGUGGUCUUCCACCGCAUCCCGGCAUGAUGCACAAGGAUGAGCCUGGCAUGGGAUCGGCGGCGCAACAACAGCAGCAGCAACAACAGCAGCAGAUGCAAAUUGCACAGCAGCAGCAGCAGGCCAUUCAGCAGCAUCAUCAGCACCUGCAGCAGCAGCACCAGGCCCAGCAACAGCAGCAGCAGCAACAACACCAGCAGCAGCAGCAACAACAGCAGCAGCAGCAACAACAACAGCAGCAGCAGCAACAACAGCAAAAGUUAAAGCAAUCGCAGGCGGCUAGUGCGGGGGCAAAUAAUAAGGCCACCAACCUGACGAAGGAUUCUCCCAAACAAAAGGGCGGCGAUGACGAUCAACCGCUGAAGGUGAAGCAGGAGGGCCAAAAGCCGACCAUGGAGACGCAGGGUCCGCCACCACCACCCACGUCGCAGUACUUCCUUCACCCCUCAUACAUUUCCCCGACGCCCUUUGGGUUUGAUCCCAAUCAUCCGAUGUAUCGCAACGUGUUGAUGUCAGCCGCCGGACCGUAUAAUACGGCACCGUACCACCUGCCCAUCCCUCGCCCGUACCAUGCCCCAGAAGAUCUCUCGCGUAACACCGGCACCAAGGCGUUGGAUGCACUCCAUCACGCGGCCAGUCAGUACUACACCACCCACAAGAUCCAUGAGCUCAGCGAACGGGCCCUCAAGUCGCCCACCAGCGGCAGCGGCCCCGUCAAGGUGAGCGUCAGCAGUCCCAGCAUCGGGCCGCCUCAACCAGGCGGACCCACGAGCAGCGGCCCCGGAUCCGGACCAGUUUCCGGUGUCCUCGGCCCCGGCAGCGGUUCCAACCAGCAGCCCGGCUCGGCACCUGGGUCUGCGGGCGGUGUGCCGCUGAACCUACAGCCACCACCCGGAGGAAUGGGCCCGUCACCCGGCAGCAAGCCGGAUCUGUCCGGCCCGAAAGGACAUGGCGGAGUGACGCCCGGCUCGUCAUUGGACGGCCACAAGCAGUCGAUGCCCGGAGGUCCGCCACCGAACGGGCCAUCGGGCAAUGGAGCCGUUGGCGGUGUGGGAGGCGCUGCCGGCAAUGGCGCAGCGGGAGGCGGCGGUGCAGGUGCCGCCGACUCACGCAGCCCACCACCGCAGCGCCAUGUGCACACCCACCACCACACGCACGUCGGCCUCGGCUAUCCCAUGUACCCGGCGCCGUAUGGAGCGGCUGUUUUGGCUAGCCAGCAGGCGGCUGCUGUAGCUGUGAUAAACCCGUUUCCGCCGGGUCCGUCGAAAUGAGAUCCACUGAACGGUAACAACGAGAAGAAGGCGUAUAACGUAAAGAACAACUAGUGUGGAGCGGAAAGUCAUGGUGCCCGCCCCAUAGUGCAUUUGCUAUUUUCUGAGAUCCCCAGACAGACAGAUAGAAUGGGAGAAGGAUAAGGCUUUGUUCCCCGUUGGAUUCCAACUUCUUCCCGUCGAAACCUGUCACAGUCUUGGCUGCCUCAACGAGUCCUUUCGAUGCUGAUGCAUCGGCGGUCGAGGAACCGAGAGGAACACAGAAUCGACUAUUUAUAUGCAUAAGUAUUUUUUGAUGUUUCGUUCGAUGUGGUUAACUAUAACUAGCCUAAGGUAUCACUACUAUUACCACAUACAACCUAUACAUAUAUAAAUAUAUAUAGCAUAACUACAUAUAGCGACUUUUUCCUAAGUGUAUUUGCAUCUGCAUAUAGAUAUCUAUAUUUAUAUUUAUAUCAUACGAGAGAGGCGUAAUCCGAACAUGAACAAACACAACCAACAAACAGAUUACAUGAAACAUGCAAAAAAUGAAAGGGAAAAAAACGAAUCAAACUCGAUACUGUAGUGUGUUGAUUUCUUUGUAAAAAAAAAUAAAAACUAAACGUACGAGAAAUGAAAUUAAGAAAAGAUCGAAAUGUAUGAAUAUUGUUUAACUAAAUGAUUAAAUUAUGCAAGUAGAACGUACAAGAUUAGCAUUUAGCGUGUGUAUUAAUUAUCCUUAUCUGUGUUGCGGAUGGAGCUGCGCGGGAUUUGCAUCUAAAAGACAAAUUGGGCGCGCCGCCCAUUCAAUUCUUAUAAAUAUAAAUAUAUAUUAUGUGUAUCUAAAUCUAUAUCUGUGUGUGUACUACUCGUAUCCGUAGUUUCUACUUUAUAAGUUCUCCGUGAAUGACUACGAUGAAUUUUUCGGCCAGCAGCCGCACAUUAAUUUUAAUUGUUUCUAAGCAUCAAUUUGUACUUUAAAUAUUUAUACGCAUAUGCUGCAUAUAUGAUAUGAUAACGAUGGCGAGAUAUAUAUGUAAUUAAAGGAUUAUCUAUGUGAAUGUGGGUGUGUAGUAAUUCACUAGCCGCUUCAUAGACUCUACACGCGUGAUUUAUGGCACUUAAUGUUCUGUAGCCUAAGCCC